AUGGCGUCAGGACUCGAAAAUAUUCCAAGUGUGCAUGCAGUUGGAGGGCAGUCCCGUGCAUUUGGGACUGCAAAAGCGAGUUGGAAAAACGAUGUCUGGGGAAAUGGCCACCUCACGGACGCGUUCUCGGACGGCACUAGGGAAAAUGGACACUUUAGAGCCUCCAAAAGCAUGAGCGACGAGAUGAUGGAAGGUAAAUCCGGCUCCAGCUGCCUCCUGGCCACCUCGGAAUCCGACGGGUGGGAUGGACGGGCAAAUAUGCCUUGGAAUGUCAGCCCUUCGCAUGGGCAUUCACUCACUCCUCCGGGGAUCGAUGCCCAGUCAAGGGACUCUUCUCCUCCUUACUUUUCCGCUUCUCGACCAGCUGCCAUAGGCACUGCAGUAAAAUCGUCAGCUCAGAGGGCUUUCUUUACACAAUCUGAUCCCCAGUCGGUUGCUGUGAGUUCUGUGGGCACACCGUCAGGAUCUACUGGAUAUAUGGACCAUAACACCCCACCACGAAAUAUCAAUCCCGCCGCAUUCAAGAAUUCCAACCUUGGAGCCAGAUUUGGAAGCGGAGCGACACUUCCUCUGACUAACAGCGAUAUGGGUUCAUCUGAUAAUCUUAAUGGCUCACUCGGGUUUCGCCCUUUCCAAGCAGCCAACGUUGGCCUAGCUGGGAAGUCUACAGGACCUUACACACAUCUGUCCCGUAAUUCUAUGAGUUCGUUUUCACAGCGCCCUGCACAUUCGUCACAUUCCUCCUUUCAUUCGGAUUCCGAUGGUAACGAUAUCAGAGAGCCACGAGCGCGUUAUGACAUCGCGCAUGAAUUCUCGAAACUAGGCCUUGAAGGCAAUUCCUACGUUCUUCAUUCCCACUCGAACUCACACCGCUCGGCCUACAUGGGCCCCUCAUUCGACGGAUCUGUCCCGCAUUUCAAAUCUCCCUUUGGAGAUGAAGUGUCUGGCUCUGUUCUGAGAGCAUACAGCCCCGAACCGUUUUCGGACAUGUCUGCGUACCAAAGUAUCCCCAGGUCCCGCCAUGGAGAGAGAGGCAUGGGCUCUCCGUCCCUGAACGACUACGUUAGAAAUACGAACAAAGGCUUUUAUUCCGCUAACGGAACACCUCCAGCCGCCCCACGCCUUGUUAUAUCACCGGGAAAUCGGCUUGCCGGCCAUCUUGCAGAUGAGCAGACGGAACUUCUGGAUAGGAAGCUACGGAGCUUGCAGCAUGAGCAGCAAGAAUAUCUUCAGUCGGCGAGUCCGAUCUCGAGCCGCAGAGCUCUGCAGCAGGCUCAGGGAUACGGUCUUUCGAGUUAUCAUGCCGCCCAAAUUAAUCAGGUUGGCAAUCCAUAUGCGAUGGCGACGUUCUCUGGUCUUCCCACUGUUGUUGCACGGAACCAGUACCGUGAGCAAGAUGCUUCGCAGUCGUUACGCAGCCCUCUGUUGGAAGAAUUUAGAGCCAACAAUAAGGGAAACAAGCGAUAUGAACUCAAGGAUAUCUAUAACCAUAUUGUCGAGUUCAGCGGUGACCAGCACGGCUCUCGAUUUAUCCAGCAGAAACUGGAGACUGCCAACAGCGAUGAAAAGGAGCGCGUUUUCCAGGAGAUCAAGCCCAACGCUAUACAGCUCAUGAUGGAUGUGUUUGGAAACUAUGUCAUCCAAAAGCUUUUUGAACACGGAAACCAAGCACAGAAGAAGGCAUUGGCCCAGCAGAUGAUGGGUCAUAUUCUAAACCUUUCAACCCAGAUGUACGGAUGUCGGGUCGUGCAAAAGGCGUUGGAGCAUGUGCUCCUCGACCAACAAGCUGCAAUGGUCAAAGAACUGGAGAACCAGGUUAUCAAGUGUGUUAAGGACCAAAACGGCAACCAUGUCAUCCAGAAGGCCAUCGAGCGAGUGCCCCAGGCUCACAUUCAAUUCAUCAUCAACGACUUCAGUGGCCAAAUUCAACGCUGGGCGGUGCAUUCUUACGGCUGUCGGGUCAUUCAACGGAUGCUUGAACAUUGCAAUGAAGCGGAUCGUGACGCUAUCCUUGGAGAACUUCAUCUAUGCAGUGCUAGCCUUAUCCCAGACCAGUUUGGCAACUAUGUGAUUCAGCAUGUGAUCGAAAACGGGCGGGAGAGAGAUAGAUCCCAGAUGAUUGCCGUUGUGAUUUCGCAACUUGUCUUGUUUUCGAAGCACAAGUUUGCUAGCAACGUCGUUGAGAAGACCCUUGAAUUUGGUAGGCCAAAUGAUCGCUCGGAGAUCUUGCGUAUAUUUACUACUCCAAACGAGAGGGGAGAAUCGCCGCUGGAGGGGCUCAUGAAGGAUCAAUUUGGUAAUUAUGUUAUUCAGAAAGUCCUCCAAGUCUUGAAAGGAGAUGAGUACCAAACGUUGGUCGAUAAAAUUGUUCCACUGCUAUCCCAUCUGAAGAAACAUAGCCACGGCAAGCAGAUUGCGGCGAUUGAGAAACACUUAGCCAAACCGACACCCCCAACUUCCUCGGCGGCUUCCGAGGGCAAUCACCUGUGUCGUGGAAAUGAAGUCGACUCAUCUUACGAGGACAAUGGUCUAUCUACCGGAGGCACUCCUAGCUCUCGUGGUAGUACUGCCUCAAGCACCAAUACGAGCAUCGACCCAGCAGAUAUUGCUGAGAGCAAAUCGGCCCCAGCACCCAGCACACAUUCUUCGCGAUCAGCCUAAAGAAUUCCAGUUCACAACACUGGCCCCAUUCUUAGGGCUCCUUUUUUUUUACUCCUCUGUCACGUUUCCGAGGCUUUUUCUUACAUGCCACAUACCAUUAUUGAUUUAAUAGGCUCAAGACUUUGACGAUCAGUUGAGUACAUAUACUCUUGAUAAAAAUUUUGCAAAAAAUUAACCCUGUCCACAAGUACAACAGCGCUACCAGACGCACAUAUACGACUAAUUUGGGCGGUUGAUGAUGGGCAAAAAUAUAUGCCUACCUAAUUCACAUGGCUGUCGGGCUUUUUACCCAAUGCGGGAUUUCAACCGGCUAAAUCCCAUAUCAUUCCCCAAAAUCUUUCCGACUGUUUCUCUCUGGCCAUAUUUGUUUAAUAACCUUUUUUCCCUUUUUAAUCCUCGAUGGGAUCUCUCGGCGCAUCGGUCUGUUUUUAUGCCUCAGCUACUCCAGGCUUGUGCUGUGACAUUUGAGGUGUUGGUGUGUGCAUUUCCUUUGUUGAUUCUUUUUUUCCCCCUUUGUUCCUUGCACAUUCAUAGUCCUCUCUUUCCUUCCAGCGAACUAUUUAUUGCUAUGGUAUGGAGGAGGAUCUUCGGCAAAAAGACAAAAAACUUUAAAAAAAAAAAAAGAGAGACAAAAAAGAGAGCCCAAAAGAUAUUAUUAUUUUGAUUGCUAUCAUCGGCCCGUUUAUGCAACAUACAGGGUGGUACGGCAGGGAAAAGAUUCUACUGAAUAUUUUCUUUUAUUUUUACCUUUCCCCUUCAGCUUAGUUUUGGGAUGCCUGGCGUUGGUUGAGGGAAGGGUGUUAAUCAGAUGGUAUUUAUUGAACUGGUUGCUUUUUGCUUUGCUGCCCUCGAAUUUGAAUCCUUUUUUUUUUUUUUUUCAACUACUGCUUCUGUAUCAUGUGGCCUUCGCUGGUAUCUGUUUAGUUGUUUAUUCCUUAUCUUAUUUUUUUUUAUCAAGGAGAGUUUCAUGGAAAUUGCUGGUGCCACUAUUUAACGGUGUUUUUUCCCCUCGGUUUUGUUAAAUUUUCGACUAAUUAAUAAAACAUCAACUUAUCCUUACAACCAU